GUUGACAAAGCCACAAAGGAAAUCUAUACAAGUCUAACGAGACUAUAUAUUAAUUUUUAUAUCUGCCCCCUUUCUGUAUAAAUAUACUGGCCAGGGAGAGAGCGAUGGGCUGGCGGAGCGCUGCUCUGAGCGGUUUCGGGCUGAUCAUAUUCUUCACAAUGGAUAUAGGCGGCGCAUCAAACCUGGAGCCAAUAUACUGGAAUUCAUUAAACACAAGGUUCUCUGAGGAGGCCGGCUAUGUCUUGUACCCCCAGAUCGGGGACCGGCUGGACCUGAUCUGCCCUGCCUCAGAGCCCCUGGGCCCCAGAUCCACGGAGGACUAUGAAUACUACAAGCUAUAUCUCGUGAACACUCGAGAGCAAGCUGCCCGCUGUGAGAUCGCUGGACCCCCAAACCUUCUCCUGACCUGCGACAAGCCCAGCAGUGACACAAGAUUCACCAUCAAGUUCCAGGAGUACAGCCCUAAUCUGUGGGGACACGAAUUCAAGACGCACCAAGACUACUACAUCAUCGCCACCUCAGAUGGUUCUCGUCAGGGACUGGAGAGCAUGAAAGGAGGGGCGUGUCUAAACAAGGGCAUGAAGGUGGUCCUGAAAGUCGGACAGAAUCCCAACGGUAUGGGCCCUGACCCCCAGAAGCCGAACCCAGAUCUCUUGCCAGGACAGCCUCCGGCACCAGACCCAAACCGGGUCACAGGCAAAGACAAAGCCUCAGAUCCUUCAGGGAACUCAACGAAGCAGGGAGGCGGGGAAAACGGGCCCUUUCCUCCUUCCAACAUUCCCAUCAUCGCCGGGGCAGCGGGAGGCUCCGCCUUCCUGCUCAUCAUCGCCGCCAUCAUCGCCGUGGUUUGCUACCGGAGACGCCAAUCGAAGCACUCGGACAGCCACCACCCGCCCCUCUCUCUCUCCACGCUCACCAGCCCCAAAAGGGGCGGGAACAACAACGGUUCGGAACCCAGCGACAUCAUAAUCCCGCUACGGACUUCCGACAGCGCGUACUGUCCCCACUACGAGAAAGUGAGUGGAGAUUACGGCCACCCUGUUUAUAUCGUCCAGGAAAUGCCUCCUCAAAGCCCUGCAAAUAUUUAUUAUAAAGUUUGAAGACGGUUUGACACUGUGGGAUUUAUAUUACUGUUAUUUGUUUUGGGUUUUUUUACGCUGUUACAGUGGCGUUUUUUAUU